CCCUGCAAGAGCUGCAUAGACCUGAUGCGUCUCUGGAUCUUUCUGUCUCUGAUCCUAACUCCUCCACACCUGAUGUCUCCCCUGCCCCCCCCCCCUGCCCAGUGCCUUGCUGGCAGCCUAGUGACUGUCCCAGACAUGCUGGUCUUUGUUUCGACCCUGGAUGGGAGCCUCCAUGCAGUGAACAAGAAAACGGGUGACAUCAAGUGGACCCUGCAGGAUGAUCCGACGCUGCAGGUGCCAACUUACCUGGCAGAGCCAGCAUUUCUUCCAGACCCAAAUGAUGGCAGCUUGUAUGUCGUGGGGGGUAAGCACAAGGAGGGCCUGAUGAAGCUGCCUUUCACCAUCCCAGAGUUGGUGCAGUCUUCUCCUUGCCGAAGCUCCGAUGGGAUUAUCUAUACAGGGAAGAAGGAGGACACGUGGUUUGUCGUGGAUCCGGUGUCAGGGCGGAAGCAGACAACGCUGUCCACCAAGGCUUGGGAUGGGCUGUGCCCCACAACUCCAUUGCUAUACAUCGGACGCACCCAGUACGUCAUCACCAUGUAUGACACCAAGUCCCGUGAGUUGAGGUGGAAUGCCACGUUCCAGGACUACUCCGCUCCCUUUCAUGACCAGAGCGAUGACUACAAAAUGGCCCACUUUGCCUCAAGCGGAGGCGGGCUGCUGGUGACAGUCGGCACGGAGAGCGGGGAGGUGCUCUGGACCCACGACUAUGGCUCCCCCGUGGUCGGCGUGUACACCUGGCACCGGGACAGCUUGCGACAGGCCCCCCACCUCAACAUAGCCGAGGAGAGCCUGCGUCACCUCAUCUUGCGCUCCCAGGAGCUUCGGCUCAUCUACUGGAAGCACCGGUUCGCCAAGGACUUCACUGCCAAGACUCCGCUGCUGCCAACAUUGUACGUGGGUAAACACGUUGCAGGAUUCUACGCGGUGACAUCGCUGGUUCACGAGGGCGUGGCUCUUGUGCCGCAGGGGGUGACCUUGGCACGGAGCAACGGCCCCACGACCGAGGACGUGACCCUCCAGAAGUCUGGCGAGCGUGAGAUUACGCCCACCACAGAUGUCAAGUACCCACACGGGAGCAUCACCAUUCCCCACAGCCAGUGGCUGCUGAAAGGACACCACGAGCUGCCCCCAGUGGUCCACACGACCAUGCUGAGGGCCUUUCCUGAGACCCUGCGGAGGAGCCCUGAGACCACCCUGCCACACAACUCCCCUCCCAGGACCCUCUUCGACGACUUCCUGGCACCACGCAGCCCUGAAGAGCCCCCCGAGGAAGGCUGGCACUGGGUGGACCCCCCUGUGGAGACGGAGCAGACGGCAGUUUACCCGGAGCACGGCAGCUGGGAGCUGGUCGUGGCUGGAACCGCCACGGUGCUUGGGGGCGGGGCGCUGCUCUUCCUCCUGCUCUGGCAGAACCGAAAGCAGCAGCAGUACUUGGAGCAGCAGCUGGAGCAGAGACUGCAGCUCCUGCAGCAGCUGGGGACGGGACGGCCUGCUCCUGGCCACAGCUCUGGGGAGCUUCUCCUGGCAGCCAGCAGCGAUUCACCUGGAGCAACCUCGCGGGGGUCCUCACAGCCAGACCAGGGACCGGGCACCUCCUCCUCUUCUUCUUCUUCUUCUUUGGAAUUGGCCAAUGGGGGGUCCAGCACUAGUCAAGGGGCUGACCUGGAAACCAUCGUUGUGGGGAAGAUCUCCUUCCAUCCCAAGGAAGUGCUGGGCCAUGGGGCAGGGGGCACCUUUGUGUUCAGGGGUCACUUUGAUGGGCGCCACGUGGCAGUGAAGCGCCUCCUGCCCGAGUGCAUCCGCCUGGUGGAUCGUGAGGUGCAGCUUCUGCGUGAGUCGGAUGAACACCCCAACGUUGUGCGCUAUUUCUGCACGGAGGUGGACCAGCAGUUCCACUACAUUGCCCUUGAGUUGUGCUCCUCCACGCUGCAGGAGUACGUGGAAAGAUCCACCUUCAUCCGGAAAAGCCUGGAUCCUGUCUUACUGGUACAUCAGACCAUGUCUGGAUUGGAUCAUUUACACUCCCUCAGUAUAGUCCACCGUGACCUGAAACCCUGCAACAUCCUCAUCUCGGCCCCCAACUGCCAUGGGCAGGUCCGCGCCGUCAUCUCAGACUUUGGCCUGUGCAAGAGGCUGCACGGAGGGCGCCACAGCUUCAGCCUCCGCUCUGGUGUUCCUGGCACCGAGGGAUGGAUUGCGCCAGAGAUGCUGAGAGAGGACCCCAAGGAGAACCCUACAUGGGCGGUGGACAUCUUCUCGGCCGGCUGCGUCUUGUACUAUGUCGUGUCUGGCGGGCAGCAUCCCUUCGGAGAAGGCUUUCGUCGCCAGGCCAAUAUCCUCACCGGCACCUACCAGCUAGAGCAGCUUCAGCAGGAGACGCAUGACCAUGUUGUGGGCCGGGAGCUGGUCGAGGCGAUGAUCGGCAGUGACCCCCACUUGCGUCCCUCGGCCAGGCAGGUCCUGGGGCACCCCUUUUUCUGGAAGCAGGAGAAGCAGCUGCAGUUCUUCCAGGAUGUCAGUGACCGCAUUGAGAAGGAGCCAGCAGACGGGCCCGUCGUCUGUGCCCUGGAGGCUGGGGCCCCUGCUGUGCUGAGAGGCAACUGGCGGACACAGAUCUCCAUCCCGCUGCAGGCAGACCUCAGGAAGUUCCGGACUUACAGAGGCAGCUCAGUGCGCGACCUCCUGAGGGCCAUGAGGAAUAAGAAGCAUCACUACCACGAACUGCCCAGCAGUGUGCAAGAGACCCUCGGAGCCAUCCCACAUGACUUCGUCACGUACUUCACCACCCGGUUCCCCCACCUGCUGCUGCACACCCACCAGGCCAUGCGCCUGUGCGCCAGUGAGAGGCCGCUGCAGGCUUAUUACUACCAGGACUCUUCAAGCUCUCAGCCCCAAACGGGAACACCUGGGCUGUAACUGGCCGGAAUAAUCUUGUGGGAUGUGUGCAUGUGUGCACUUGGAGAAGCACAGAAGAAACCACUGUGGAUCCCUUCCCGCCUCACUAUCGAGUGACUGUCCUACCCGUGCAGACCGCCGCCGCCGCCGCCCCCCACCGCCCAGCAGGGAAGCAGCUGCACACCAGAACGUUCUCUGACCCACCCUGGCAGAACAGAACCCUGUUCAGCAAAGUCACUCUAGGAGCAAGUGAUGCUUUCUGAGGAGGGGGUUCGUUCCACAGCAGAAAGCCCCUUCCUGGAGGAGAAUAGAGCAGGCCAUGUUGAAAAGCGACCUCAGAGAGGAUAGGCAUCCUCCUUCAAGAGGGCUGCGGCGUUCUCUUCCCUUGAACUCCUACCUCAGUGGAGAGGUGCAGCCACUGCUUGUGCAAGCUCCCUGCCUGCAACUGGUGUACUCCCUGCGCCUGAUCUAAGGCUACCCUCUAUCAGGAUGAGGCCCAGCCCUAUGACAGAGAUGCUCUUGGAGGGCACCCAGUUCUUUGGGUCCCUUAAGCGACAAGGGCCCAGCUGUUAAACCAGCAAGUGGCUCAGGCUGGGUACCCCCACCAGACCUUCCUCUUGGAGCACCUGA